AUGCACGAUAAUCAGCAGCUCCAGGCCUUGCGUGAACACUGCAAGACUCUGGAGAUGCAAAUUCUCAAAGUUACAGCUGAACGUGAUACCAUCAUGGCUGCUUUUCAAACGCUCGCCAAUGCUGUACAAAUCCCUGUCACUGACCCCCUUCAGUUCAACCCUAAAUUCACUUCUGCUCCAACAAGUGAUUCCCACCGCCCAAAUGCUCAGACGCAUCCCAAGGUCCGCUUCUGGAACAAAGCGGACUACCUCGACUGGUUGGAUUCUGUGGAGGCAACCUCAGGCGAUCGCGGAAAACUGCCCUUCCUGGAGGAUGAAAAUGGCAACUCGAUAUCGGAAGCCGUGGUUGAAGCUAUCCGAAAGUCACUACGGGGGGCAUGGUCUGAGCUUGCCACCCGUAAUCUAGCGCCAUCCUCCUGGGGAAAACUCUCAGCAUCCGGAACUCAGUUGGUGAAUACUAUCAUGGACAAUGCGCAUCCUAUCUUCAAGUUGGCUCACAAUAACUGGAAACUUGACUUCCUUGCUACAUCGUCUUAUUCUUCAUGGCGACGAAACCAUCUGGACGACUUUGGCAACUACCGCAAAGCAAAGAAGAACGACAACGACAAUGAUAGCGAUGACGAAAAGCCAAGCUCUUCGAAAGGGAGGAAACGACAACACCGCUUCAAAUCUGAAGCCCUCGCAAAGAAAAUCAAAGUUGAUGUAACCGAUGUUAUUCUACCACCGACACCAGCAUCAUCAUCAACUUGCGAAGUCUUGUCUCCACCUGACGGCGUGUCCUCGUCCCCUCUUCUUCAAACCCUGUCCCUGGAAGGCCAAUCACCGCAAUGCAACCAGGAGCCACCACAAUGCGAGCAACAGUCACCACAACACGACCAACAGCCACCACCACACGACCAAGAGCCACCACCACACGAUCGCGAGCCACCACCACAUGACCACGAGCCACUACAACGCGACCACGAGCCACCACAGAACCUAGUUCAAGCUGUGGAGAAAGACCUGGAAGCCACUCCCGAGAUCGCUGCACCUCCAGUGCUUGUGCCCGAAGUUGUCCCAGUACUACAAUCUCCUUUCAAACAGCAAGUGCCAGCCCAUUGCUCUCCUACAAGAUCUCUCGAAGACAAGGAGAAUCCGUCAAAUAUUCCCGCGCCAAAGCCAAUCAAAGUCGUGAAUCCACUUACUGCACUCGCAACCGCUGCUGCGCAAAUCAGCUUCUCUCCACUUCCUCCCAUCUCGGAGUCCGCACCCACUAACACGUCAUCUGAUUCUGCGAAGGCCUCAACUAGUAAGGCUACAAAAACCGGAGGCAAAGCAAAGAUGCGCCCGAGUCCCACUAGAAACGGACGCAACUUGUGCGCGCUGCGCUGGCUGAAGCAAUUGAAGACAAAUGGGACAACGGAGGAGUUCUGCACAUACUACACGAAUUUGACGCCAGAGCAGCGCAAGAAGUACGACGAUGAAGCAGCUAAAUUGCCACUAUUCUGA